AUGAAAUUCCUGCCAGCAGUAUCAGAUCCCCACGAUGAGAUCCCUUCACCAUUGCUGGCCCUCCGUAAAUUUUGGGGAAACAAGGUGUUGUCCUGCCCAGUCGUUUUCACCUACUUUACAAAAUUUCAAGGUAACGUCAGCAGGAACUGUACCAGGGAUGGCUGGUCAGAUAUUUAUCCUGCCCCGUAUCCGGUGGCUGUGGGGUAUGACCCCAACACGACAGUCACUGAGGAACAGUCGGUCGUCUUCUACGGCACCGUGAAAACUGGAUACACCAUUGGACACAGUUUGUCUCUCAUCGCUCUGUCGUUGGCCAUGAUGGUCCUCAGCUUCUUCAGGAAGCUGCAUUGCACCCGGAAUUAUAUCCACAUGCAUCUGUUUAUGUCCUUCAUCCUCCGUGCUGUGGCCGUCUUCAUCAAGGAUUUCAUUUUGUUCGAAAACGGAGAAUCGGAGUACUGCUCCACAAGCUCGGUGGGUUGCAAAGCUGCGAUGGUGUUUUUCCAGUACUGCAUCAUGGCUAAUUUCUUCUGGCUUCUGGUCGAGGGCUUGUAUCUCCACACCCUUCUGGUCAUCUCCUUCUUUUCGGAGAAGAAAUACUUCUGGUGGUACAUCGUCAUAGGCUGGGGUGCGCCGAUGGUGUUCAUUUUGGCUUGGACCAUCACAAGGAUUUACUUUGAAAAUACGGGUUGCUGGGAUGUAAUUGAAUCUCCGUACUGGUGGAUUAUCAAAGCUCCCAUCUUGGUUUCUAUACUGGUCAACUUUGUGCUCUUUAUACGCAUUAUCCGGAUCUUGGUUCAGAAGCUUCACUCUCCGGAUGUCGGGCGAAACGAAACAAGCCAAUAUUCGAGGCUAGCCAAAUCCACUCUUCUUCUGAUCCCUCUCUUCGGUAUCCACUACACCAUAUUUGCCUUUUUUCCGGACACAGUCAAGAAAGAAGUGAUGUACGUCAAACUGGUCUUCGAACUUAUUGUCGGUUCCUUCCAGGGCUUCGUGGUCGCGGUGUUGUAUUGCUUCGUCAACGGGGAGGUCCAGUCCGAAAUGAAACGUAAAUGGCGUCGGUGGCACUUGGAACGCUUCCUCGGUUCCGACAUGAAGUAUCACCACCCGUCUGUCGGAAGCACCGGCACCAAUUUCACCACCCAGAUCUCGAUGGAGGCCACCUGCAGCCCCAAAUCUCAACGCAGCUCCACUUUCCAAGCCGAGAAAUCUCUGGUUUGAGACCCACGGAGGCCGAAGACGAUGCCUGGCAAAAAAGCUGCAAGCAACAGGAUUUGAGAUUAUUCAAGUAUUUGGCAUUAUUAUUAUCAUUAUCAUCGCCAUUAUCCUCAUUAUUAUUAUUAUUAUUAUUAAAGCCAUUUUUUUUUUUGCAAGCAGAACUGGGGGGGGGGGCAGAGGACUCUGAAUAAGAGAGAUUAAGUCUGGACGAAUCCCUCUUCCUUUUUUUCUGAGCUGGAAUCGGUUUUGAAGGUGGAGACAGCCAGGUUUUUUUUCCAUCUGGCUGGGAUGGACAGGAAGGAAUGGAAGAACUCAGCUGUGAAAAACAGAAUUGUUUCACUGAUGACGGGGCCGACUUGGGUCAUGAAACGUCUGGAAGAAAACCACCAAGCUCAGAGAGCACCAAGGACCCCACAGUCCUCUUCUUCGU